AUGAAAAAUAUAUUAUUAGUUUUAAUUGUAUCCUCAAUGUUUGUGACAUUAUGUUACUCUCAAGAUACUUAUUUUGUGGUGCAAACAUCGAUCAAUAGCACAUGUCUCAGUUUAGAUUGUAUUAUUUCAACUGUUUACCAAAGAGUAGAUCAUUGUGACGGUGGAAAAGUAUAUUCGUGUGACUCGAGCGUGGCUAUGGGAGCGGUCACCACCUAUUCCGAUUACGAUUGCCAAGGCGAGGUUACCAACGUCGCUAAAUACCCACUGGGCCGCACUGGAAACUUGCUAGUCAUGUGCUCUCCAGAGGUCUAUACAAGUUCAGAUUCGAUCGACAUGCUCUAUUACAACUCGACUACCGCCGACUGUUCCGCCGCACCCUACUACGCAGUCUAUAUAUCAACUGGUGUUUGCAACAAAGGUGUCAUCAAUACUUGUAAUGAAAAGACUAUAAUCAUCACCAAGUACGAGAAUCUCGAUUGCACUGGUGUUAUCGCUUCAACCUCAUCAAGAUCAUUAACACCAAAAUGCUCCACAUUCAGUGGUGGUUCAUUCCAAAUAAUGUCGGAGGAAGAAAGAGGAGAAGUCGUAUUGGUAGGAGAGUUUUAUAUUAGUGAGAGUGACACCAAGGUUCUGAGUGCUAAAUUCGUUGGACUUGCUGUCGAUGAUCGUUUGCUGCUCGAGAAUGCAUCGUUCACACUGAUGCGUGGUCAUCGCUAUGGCCUGAUCGGUGAAAACGGUACCGGUAAAACAACGUUGCUACAGGCGAUACGCGCACAAAUCGAGCAGGAAGAUUCUAGUUUCGUUGUACGAUACGUUGGUCAAACCGAUGCCGAAGGUAGUGCCGAUAUCAAGGAGAGUGUACUGGAUUACUGUGCACAGUCCGAUGCAAAGCGAUCGGCACUCCGCAGAGAGAUGGAUGAACUGGAGUCACAGGACGCAUCGAGCAGCGACAUGGAAGCGAUCUGCGAGAGAAUCGGUGAGAUCAUGUUGGAGUUGGAGGAGCCCGACGAUUCCAAGGAGCGUGCGGAAGCGUUGCUCAAGAAACUAGGUUUCCUAAAGUCGAUGAGAGACGGAUCGGUAUCUGCGCUGUCAGGAGGUUGGCGUGCAAGACUCGAGAUGGCAUUGGCGCUGUUUGCCGAGCCAGAGAUUCUCUUUCUGGACGAGCCAACCAAUCAUUUGGACUUGCAUGCCGUAUUCCAAUUGGCAUCGAUCCUUAGGAACAACCAUCAGAAUAUGACAGUGAUCGUAGUUUCGCAUGAUGCUUCAUUCCUGGAUUUGGUUUCCACUGAUAUUCUCUCGAUCAAUGGAUGUAUGUUACAGCAAAUGGCUGGAAAUUAUUCGGCAUUCGAGGAGAAGGCUGCCGAGUACAAGCGAUUCCACGAGCAUAUCUAUGAGAACAGAGUGAGAGAGGAAGCAAGACAGAAUGCCAGUACGGCACAACAAAAAGUGAGCGCAAAGAAAUCCGGUAAUGACAAGGCGAUGAAGGCUGCCGCUUCCAGGGAGAGAAAGACAAGUAAACGUGUAGGUCUCUACCGUGAGGAUGGAAAGAAAUUCAAGCUGAAUUCAGUAAAGACAUUGUCGGAGGAAGCUAUUAGAUUGCCAUCGAAAGCAGCGCCACUAAAGAGACAACCAGUAACCAAGAUAACACUACCACAAUCACAUAAACUAUCGGGUGGAGCACGUGGAACUAUAGUGGAACUGCGGACUGUCACACUGCGCUAUCCCAAUGCAACCAAAGACUUGCUGGCCAAGGUAGAUCUAUCGAUUAGUGCUGGCGAUCGUAUUGCCCUCGUCGGAAAGAAUGGAGCUGGUAAAUCAACACUGCUGCGUGCUCUCUCUGGGAAUCCACUGCCAGCCAAUGUGACCGUCGGUGAAAUUAGAAAACCCGGAAAGAUUGCAGUUGUAGAUCAAAAUCAAUUGGCUUUGCUCGACGGACAUCUCGACAAGUCGUCGGUUACUUUUCUGCGAGACAGACAUCCUGGAUACUUUGAGACUGGCGACGAGACUGGAAUACGUAAGCAUCUCGGUCAAUUCGGAUUGAUGGGAGACACUCCACUUCUGCCGAUAUUGGCUCUGAGUGGAGGUUUGCGUGUUCGUUUGGUACUGGCGGAUCUGUUUGCCGAUAGUGUUCCACCCGAUUGUUUAUUGCUGGACGAGCCCACCAAUCAUUUGGACGGUGAAACCAUCGCUGCUCUGACAGCGGCACUCAAGACAUUCACCGGUGCAGUAUUGGCUAUAAGUCACAACUGUGCUUUUCUCUUGGAGGUUUGCAAGGAUCUCUGGAUUUGCGAAGGUGGUGCCAUUACCAUCAAGAGACAAGUCGAUGGUUGCACAUUCCUUGACAACUUCCGUGUCUAUGCAGAAAAGAUUGUACCGGCCACAGAGAAAGAUGCACUACAGGACAUGUUGAGAAUUCGUGCAGCAAGAGCAACCAUUGUAGUUCAACAAGCAGGUGCAUCAACAAGUUUGCUUGUCUAG